AUGCUGGCUCGUAAAGGUUCUUCCUUUACCUUUGCUCUUGUUGUUUGUGUACUUCUUUUUCAUCUUGGACAUCUUAUCCCUCAGCUGACUCCUCGUCACGUCAAAGUGCAAAUCUUUCUUGAUGAACUCGUAAAAGGCGUCCAUAUCAUAAUGCGGGUCGGAUUUAUUCUCGGCCCUAAACUGCAUAAUUCCGUUCAGGAGGGCGAUUUCGUCCGCCUCGCUCCAUAUCCUCUGGAAAAAUUGUUUCUUCUCGGAUGCCUCGGGUUCAGCCUUCUUGCUGUUCUUCGACUUCUUGUGGGCUCCGUCCCGUUAACCUCCUCGACGGCCCGCUUUCUGGUAGAUCUGGCCGGUGAAGCAGAGGCGGCGAUGGCCUUGUCCUUGCCUUUCGAUUGGGAUUUUUUUCUGGUGUUGGAUUCGGAUUCGGAUUCGGAUUCAGAUCCAGAAUCCUCGUCGGUUGGGACGGGAUUUGUGGCCGAACGGGUCUGGGAUUUCCUGGCGGCGGCCGGCGGUGCGGAAGACUUCUGGAUCGAUUCGGGCUCAGAUUCGAUAUCCUCAGACGAGGAAUCGACGUUUUCCUCCUCGCCAGAAGUGGUUUCAGAGGAGACGGGCUUCUCGGGCUCACGGGAUCUCGACAUUUUUCCGGAAGGUGAGAAGCCAGCUCAGAAGACCACCAGGGCAUAA